CUGCAUUCAAAUACACCCAUUUCAAAGCUUAACUCUUUGUGGGGUUUUCUUCAAUUUCACAAUACGCACUUGGGUCUUUCUGUUUCUGGGUUUCUCUUUAACUUUCAAAUUUGUCAGAGCUUUAGUUUAUCUGGGUUCCUUCAAUUUUCAGCUCACAUUCUUUGUCUAUGGAUUUUUGAGCUUGUGAUUGUCACUUGUUUUGAAAUUUUGUUUAAAAGUCUUUUUCUUUCUUUGCAAUGGCUGCUUCUGGUGGCUUUAAUCACCGGAAUGGUGGUGCUCAGAGGAGCUCACUCAAGGUCGACAGGCCUCUCUCUGUUAACUCCAAUCCCAAGUCUUCUUCUUCUUCUUCUGUCAAAUCCAAGCCUUUGUCUUCUUCUGGGGUCCGCCGCAGCAGUACCGGCUCAAUGGGUGGCUCCACUGCAGCCGCCAAGGACGAUGCAGGAGUUCCUGGAAGAGUUCGAGUUGCUGUAAGAUUGAGACCCCGAAAUUCGGAGGAAUUGAUAGCGGAUGCUGACUUUGCUGAUUGUGUAGAGUUACAGUCAGAGCUUAAAAGGUUGAAAUUAAGGAAAAACAAUUGGGACUCUGAUACAUUCGAGUUUGAUGAGGUGCUAACUGAGUUUGCAUCACAAAAACGUGUUUAUGAAGUUGUGGCAAAACCUGUUGUGGAGAGUGUCCUGGAUGGUUAUAAUGGGACAGUCAUGGCAUAUGGGCAGACUGGUACAGGUAAAACAUAUACUCUUGGAAGACUUGGAGAAGAAGACACAGCUGCUCGUGGUAUAAUGGUGCGCGCAAUGGAGGACAUUUUAGCAGAUAUUUCUCUAGAGACUGAUUCUGUGUCAGUUUCAUAUUUGCAGCUUUAUAUGGAAACUAUACAGGACCUUCUUGAUCCUGCAAAUGAUAACAUUUCCAUAGUGGAAGACCCCAAAACUGGAGAUGUUUCUCUACCAGGGGCUACAAUAAUUGAAAUUCGGGACCAUAUGAGUUUUGUGGAACUAUUAAGACUUGGAGAGGCUCACCGUUUUGCUGCAAAUACAAAAUUGAACACAGAAUCUUCUCGUAGUCAUGCUAUUUUGAUGGUAAACGUGAAAAGGCAUGUGAAAGGAAGAGAUUCAACUCUUUUGAAUGAAAAUGGUAACAAUUCCCACAUAAGUAAAACUCUAAAGGCUCCUUUAGUUCGGAAGGGCAAGUUAGUUGUAGUCGAUCUAGCUGGUUCAGAGCGUAUUGAUAAGUCAGGAAGUGAAGGACAUACGUUAGAGGAAGCAAAAUCAAUCAAUCUUUCUUUAAGUGCACUAGGGAAGUGCAUUAAUGCACUGGCAGAAAAUAGUGCACAUGUCCCAGUGCGUGAUUCAAAGCUUACGAGAUUACUUCGGGAUUCCUUUGGAGGCACAGCAAGAACUUCACUAAUAAUUACCAUUGGUCCUUCCCCACGCCAUCGAGGAGAAACAACUAGUACUAUUAUGUUUGGACAACGGGCUAUGAAGGUGGAAAAUAUGUUGAAACUGAAGGAGGAAUUCGAUUACAAAAGUUUAUCCAGAAGGCUAGAUAUACAAUUAGAUAAACUUAUUGUGGAACAUGAAAGGCAGCAGAAAGCAUUUAAGGAUGAAAUUGAGAGAAUAACCAUAGAGGCACAAAAUCAGAUUUCUGAGACUGAAAGGAAUUAUGCAGAAGCCUUGGAGAAGGAAAGAUUAAAGUAUCAGAAAGAUUACAUGGAAUCCAUAAAGAAGCUUGAAGAGCAAUUGAUGAUGAAUCAGCGAAACCAUGGCAGUGACAAAAUCGCAAAUGGAGCAAAAGAUAAUGGCACUGAUGUGACAUCUAACAAAGAGAAUUUGUCUGCUCUAGAGGAAGUUGUUGAACUCAAAAAAAUGCUUCAGAAAGAAACUCUUCUAAGGAAGAAUGCUGAAGAGGAAAUCAAUAUUCUAAAAAAUCAACUUUCUCAAUGGAAAAGGUCAGAGGCAGUGGGGAAUUCUGAAAUCUUGAAGCUACGCAAGAUGUUGGAAGAAGAGACACAUCGAAAAGAGAAACUGGAAGAAGAAAUCACUAUGCUACAAAGUCAAUUGAUGCAAAUAAGUUUUGAAGCUGAUGAGACAAGAAAACAACUAGACCUGAGUGAGCCUGGGAAAAUUCUUGGCGGUCUAGAUUCUCUUAUGGAACAAGUGAGGCAAUCACAGCUGAAAGAAUCAGGAAAUGAAGAGAAAUCCUCUAUAGCGCAACUCUUUGAACAAGUGGGAUUGCAAAAGAUCUUAUCUCUGCUAGAAGCAGAAGAUCCUGAUGUGCGAAUACACGCUGUUAAAGUUGUAGCAAAUCUUGCAGCUGAAGAAUCAAAUCAAGAGAAGAUUGUACAAGCUGGAGGUCUAACAUCCUUGCUGAUGCUACUGAAAAGCACCGAGGAUGAAACAAUACAUAGAGUUGCAGCGGGUGCAAUUGCUAAUCUUGCCAUGAACGAAACCAAUCAGGAGCUGAUAAUGGCGCAGGGAGGAAUUAGUUUACUAUCAAUAACAGCAGCAAAUGCCGAAGAUGCACAAACCCUUCGAAUGGUUGCUGGAGCGAUUGCUAACCUAUGCGGAAAUGAUAAAUUACAAACCAAGCUGAGGGGUGAAGGUGGUAUCAAAGCGUUGCUAGGAAUGGUCAGAAGUGGUCAUCCGGAUGUUCUUGCACAAGUUGCUCGUGGAAUAGCAAACUUUGCAAAGUGCGAGUCCAGAGCGUCUACCCAAGGAACAAAGACUGGAAAGUCUCUUUUAAUCGAGGAUGGUGCGCUGCCAUGGAUUGUACAGAACGCUAACAAUGAAGCCUCAGCCAUCAGGCGCCAUAUCGAACUUGCACUAUGUCACUUGGCACAACAUGAAGUAAACUCUAAAGACAUGAUCAUUGGGGGUGCUCUAUGGGAGUUGGUGCGCAUUUCGCGAGAUUGUCCACGAGAAGACAUUAGGAAUCUUGCACAAAGAACACUGUCUUCCAGCCCCACUUUCAUCGCCGAACUGAUACGCCUUCGAAUCGAUUAUUGAUGAGGGUGAGAGACACACUACUGUCAGGCACUUCUAGCUGUAGUUCCUGCCUUUGUCUUGAUCAGCUGCUCCAUUUUGGUUUUAUAUGGUCAAACUCGUUGAUGAUAUUAUUAUGAUUAUUGUCUCAUGGUUGUAGAUUUUUAACUAGGUGUGGCCCUUUGCAUUUAAUUGUAGCUUCCAUUCAGUUUGUAUAUUUAUUUGUAUAGAAAUAAAUAGGAAAAAGAAAAUAGAUAACAUGUAGUUUGUGCUUAUUAUUAUUAUUAUUAUUAGUUAGUCCAUUCA